AUGAACGGCCCUAUGCGCAAGAAACCCAUCAACCUCCUCCGAGGCUGGCCCUCCCCCUCUCUCCUCCCAGCAGCGGCCCUGUCCGCUGCCGCCGUCAAGACACUCGCCGAUCCCGCCACCUAUAUCCCGGGGCUCCAGUAUGGUCCGGACCCGGGCUACCAGCCCCUCCGCGAGUCCCUCGCCCACUGGCUUUCAGCGUUCUACCCCGCGGCCGACCCCGCACCUUCGUUAGCCACCGGCACCGCCGCCUCGGAAUCCGACAACAAUGGUCGCCACCACCCGCCCGACGCCCGUCGCAUCUGCGUCACGGGAGGUGCAAGCCAGAAUCUCGCGUGCAUCCUGCAGUCCUUUACCGAUCCGCUGUAUACGAAGAACGUAUGGAUGGUCGCACCGUGCUACUUCCUUGCCUGUCCCAUCUUUGCCGACGCCGGGUUUGACGGACGCCUCAAGUCGGUUCCUGAGGACGAUGACGGGAUCGAUAUUGAAUAUCUGAGGAAGGGACUCGAAGCCGCAGGGAAAGGAGGCGACGAGCGCUUCAAACAAGCGAAGAAGAGGAAGCUCUACCGCCACGUCAUUUAUCUCGUCCCAACAUGCUCCAACCCAACCGGAAAAACAAUGUCUCUCACCCGUCGCUACGAGCUCGUCGCCCUCGCUCGCCAGCACGACGCUCUCAUCAUCAGCGACGACGUCUACGACUUCCUCCAAUGGCCCGUGACCUCCUACGACACCGCCCCAGGCCCUUACACCCCGGAGAUGCGCCUGCCACGCCUCGUGGAUAUCGACCGCGCCAUGGGCGUCCCGGACGCCUCCUUUGGCAACGCGGUCUCCAACGGCUCCUUCAGCAAGAUCGUCGGACCCGGCGUGCGAACGGGCUGGGCUGAGGGGAGUCCGGCCUUCGCAUACGGCCUGUCGCAGACGGGGUCGACGUGCAGCGGCGGCGCGCCAAGUCAGCUAUCUGCGAUGCUGGUCGCGGAGCUCCUCAUGAGCGGAGAGCUGCAGAGGCAUAUCGAAGAGGAAACAAGGCCUGCGCUGGCGAGGCGGCACCGGGCCUUGAUGGAUGCCAUUGCGAAGUAUAUCCAGCAGCCACUGGGCGACGGGGUCGUGGUUCGGGAGUCUGCUCUGAAUGGAGCCAGCGUGUAUGGCGGGUAUUUCGUAUGGUUCAGUUUGCCGGAAGGCAUGUCAAGCCGGGAGGCCGCAGUCAGGGCCAAGGAGACCGAGGAACUGGUCAUUGGCCACGGUGGUCAGUUUGAGGUCCACGGGGACGAGGAGUCUGCAAGGUUUGAUAGGGAGAUUCGGCUAUGUUUCUCAUGGGAGCCGGAGGAGGACGUCGUCGAGGGUGUGAAGAGACUCGGUGGUGUGUUGAGGGCGAUGAAAGAUGGCGUUCAGUGGAAGUUGACAAGCGGAAUUGAUGUCGAUAACGUAAAGUAG